AUGGCGGAUGGGUUGAGACGAAACGAAGCGCCGGAGGAAGUCGUGACUUGGUUUCGUGUUCGCGAGGCGGCCACACUGGUUGAAGCUCAGGAGCACCAGGCGUGGUGCGAGCUCCCCGUGCUGGAAGUUCUCUAUGCGCUGGCGAGAGACAGUCGUGGCGAGCAAAGCGACCUCUGCAUGAUCGCACAGGGUAAGCUGGCGAAAGCCUUGCUGGCCACUGGGCACGCCAAAGAAGCUCGUGAUCUGUUGAGCAGCCUUCUGGACACAGAGAUGGAGCAUCAUGGGCCAGAGGAUCCUGGCGUGGCAGAAACGCUCAACAGCCUGGGCAGUGCCUACAAUUUUCUGGGAGACCACCUCAAGAGCAAGGAGCUUUUGGAGCAGGCGCGAACGAUCUUGGUGCAGCACUUUGGGCCAGACCACGUGUAUGUGGCAAUGACGCUUCACAACCAGGCUGCAGCCUACGGAGAUCUUGGAGAUUAUGUCAAGAUGAAGGACCUCUUGGAGCAGGCGCUCACAACCAUGGUGCAGCACUUUGGGGAGGAACACAGAGAAGUGGCCAGCACACUCUGCAGCUUGGGCAAUGCCUGCGGGCGGCUUGGGGACUAUGCCCGGAAGAAGAACCUCUUGGAGCAGGCCCUGAAGAUUGCGGUGGAGUACUAUGGAUGCGAGCACGUAGCGGUGGCAAAAACAGUCCACAGCUUGAGCACUGCCUAUGGACAGCUCGGAGACCAUGUCAAGAUGAAGGAGCUCCUGGAGCAGGCACUCAAAAUCGAGGUGCAGCAUUAUGGAAGGCAGCACGUGGAAGUGGCAAAGGCACUUGCCAACCUGGGAAAUGCCUAUGGGCAGCUGGGCGACCCUGUUAAGAUGCAGGAUCUCUUAGAAGAGGCACACGGGAUCAUCACGCAGUACUAUAGUGAGAAGCACGUGGAAGUGGCAACAGUACUCCAGAGCUUGGGCCAUGCUUACGGACUUCAUGGAGACUAUGUCCGGAAGAGGAAGUUCCUGGAGCAGGCGUUAGAGAUCAAAGUGCAGCACUAUGGCAGACAGCAUGUCGAAGUAGCAAUGACACUUCACAACUUGGGCAAUGCCGACGGAGAGUUAGGGGACUAUGACAAGAUGAGAGACCUCCAAGAGCAGGCCCUCCUGAUCGAGGAGCGGCAUUACGGAGAAGGGCAUGUGGAAGUGGCGGAAACGCUUCACAGCUUGUCUCAUGCCUACACAAAGCUUGGAGAUUCUGUCAAGGCAAAAGACCUUCUAGAGCGGGUGCUGAAAAUCAAGGUGCAGUGCUACGGAAAGGAGCAUGUGGAAGUGGCAAAGACGCUCAAUGCCUUGGGCAAUGCAUGGGAAGAUCUCGAAGAGUAUCCGAAAAUGAAGGAAGCCCUGGAGGAGUCACUCAGGAUCAAGGGACAGCACUACGGGGUGGAUCACGUCGAAGUGGCGAAGGCACGCUGCGAUUUGGGCGGUGCUUAUGGACUGCUUGAGAACCACGCGCAGAAGAAGGGCCUCCUGGAGCAAGCGCUCAAGACACUUCUGCAUGAAGCAGAUCACGAUGAAGUGGCGAGAGCGUUCCACAACUUGGCAAACGCCUACAGAGAUCUUGACGACUAUAUCAAUAUGAAGGGCAUCCUGAAACAGGCACUCAACUUCAACGUGCAGCACUAUGGCGGGGACCAUGUGGAGGUGGCCAAGACACUUCAGAGUUUGGGCCUUGCCUACGACAAUCUCGGAGACUACUCGAAGGCAAAGGACCUCCUGGAGAAGGCACUUGGGAUCAUGGUGCAGCACCAUGGAGAGGAACACGAGGAAGUGGCUGGGGUGCUAAACAACCUUGCGAGUGCCCACAUCGACUUGGGCCAACCUGGCAAAGCCAGGGAGCUCUUGCAGCGGGCACUGGCCAUCUAUGAGACCUUAGACCCAGAGCACCCUUUGGCCGUGCCAGUACAGCACAACCUCCAAGCCACGGCAGAUCAAAUACAGCAUGCACAGGAACGCGGCGUUGCGAUUCUGGAGCAAAUGCAGGAGCUGUUUGGCGCGGAGCAUCCGGAUCUAGCCGAGAGCCUGGAGCGACUGGCAGCCGACCCGGGCAGCCUCCAGCAUCAGAUCGAGCUGCUGAAGCGCGUUCUUGAAGUUGAGGAGCAGAUUCAUGGGCCGGAGGAUCUGGAAGUCGCAGGGACCCUGGAGCUCUUGGGUGAGCUUUACGGAGACCAGGGAAGCAGGUCUUUGCAAAGGACCUCUUGGGAGCGCUGCCUUCGGAUUCAGACGAAGCAUCUUGGCCACCAUCACGCUGACGUUCUUUCCCUUCAGUCGGCCCUGAGCGAGCUUCGGGCGGAGGCUCCAAGGUCGCCCUAA